CAGAACAGAGUAAUAAAAAAAAAAAUCUGAAAUAACAGAGAGAAAUCUCGAGAGCUUGAAGCUGAGCGGCGGAGAGACAAAGGCUAAUGCUUUCUUCUUCAACUCUCACAUCUCAUCAACUCACCUUCCCACCAGCAUAAUAAAAUACUUUUUAUUCCAUUUUUUACCGCAAAAUUCUCAAAUUUUUGUUUUGUCUUGGGAAUAUAUUCUCUUCUUCGUUUCAAACUUUGUGUGUAUCUUUCUUCGCUCAACUGGAGGAGGAGAGAUGCUAAAUCCGGGUGUAGUAGGUGGGUCGUCCAACUCGGACCCGUUUCCAGCGGGUCUACGAGUUCUGGUCGUGGACGAUGACCCAACUUGUCUCAUGAUCUUAGAGAGGAUGCUUAGGACUUGUCUAUACAGAGUAACAAAGUGUAACAGAGCAGAGAUCGCAUUGACUCUGCUUCGAAAGAACAAGAACGGGUUCGAUAUUGUAAUCAGCGACGUCCACAUGCCUGACAUGAACGGCUUCAAGCUCCUCGAACACGUCGGUCUAGAGAUGGACUUACCUGUCAUCAUGAUGUCUGCGGACGAUUCAAAGAGCGUUGUGUUGAAAGGAGUGACCCACGGUGCAGUAGACUACCUCAUCAAACCCGUACGCAUCGAGGCUCUCAAGAAUAUAUGGCAGCAUGUGGUGCGGAAGAAGCGGAACGUCUCGGAACAUUCUGGAAGUGUUGAAGAGACCGGUGGAGACAGGCAGCAACAGCAGAGGGAUGAUGGUGAUGAUGGUGGUGGUGAUAACAACUCGUCUUCAGGUAAUAAUGAAGGGAACUUGAGGAGGCGCAAGGAAGAGGAGCAAGGGGAUGAUAAAGAGGACACUUCGAGUUUGAAGAAACCACGUGUGGUUUGGUCUGUUGAGUUGCAUCAACAGUUUGUGGCUGCUGUGAAUCAUCUCGGUGUUGACAAAGCGGUUCCUAAGAAGAUCUUGGAGAUGAUGAAUGUACAGGGGCUAACGAGAGAAAACGUAGCCAGUCACCUUCAGAAAUAUAGGAUAUAUCUAAAACGGCUUGGAGGAGUAUCACAGCACCAGGGAAGCAUGAACCAUUCGUUUAUGACUGGUCAAGAUCCGAGUUACGGUCCGUUGAAUGGGUUUGAUCUUCAAUCUCUAGCUGCUGCGGGUCAGCUCCCAGCUCAGAGCCUCGCACAGCUUCAAGCAGCUGGCCUUGGUUGGUCUUCUUCUUCACUCAUUAAACCGGGGACAACGUCAGUAGAUCAGAGAAGCAUCUUCACCUUCCAAAGCUCGAAAUUCGGAGAUGGACAUGGGCAGAUGAUGAUGAACGGUGGUAGUGGUAAUAAGCAGAUGAGUUUGCUUCACGGUGUCCCAACGGGUCACAUGCGCUUGCAGCAGCAACAAAUGGCUGGUAUGCGUGUAGCCGAUCCAUCAAUGCUGCAGCAACAAUCGAUGUUGUCAAGAAGAAGCCUUCUCGAUGAUGCGGUGGUGGUUAGAAACAGCAGCAGAGUGUUACCAGGUGCUACACACUCGGUCUUCAACAACAGCUUCCCCUUGGCAAGUGCACCAGGGAUGUCUGUGACAGAUACAAAAGGCGGUUCAUCAUCUGCUACAGCAGCGUUUUGUAACCCGAGCUACGACAUAUUGAACAGCUUUCCCCAGCAGCAACAUCACAACAACAACAGAGUGAACGAGUGGGAUCCGCCGAAUAUGGGGAUGGUCUUCAACUCUCAUCAGGACAACACAGCAUCGGCUGCUUUUUCAACUUCAGAAGCUUACUCUUCCUCUUCCACUCAUAAGAGAGAGCGGGAGGCAGAGUUAGUGGCUGAGCAUGGACAGAACCAGCAGCAGCCACAAAGCCGAAGUGUGAAUCCUAUGAACCAAGUUUACAUGAAUGGUGGUGGUUCGGUUAGAGUGAAGACAGAGACGGUGACUUGUCCUCCUCAGGCAACAACAAUGUUUCACGAGCAGUAUAGUAAUCAAGAAGAUCUCCUGAGCGCACUUCUCAAGCAGGAAGGAUUUCCAUUGUUAGAUAGCGAGUUUGAUUUUGAAGGAUACUCCUUCGAUAAUAUUCCUGUCUGAUCAGAGUAGACACUGCAAGAUUCUUUGCUUUUCAUCGAAUGUGUUUUGUAUUUUUGUCCUCAGUCUUACAGAUUAGCAAUGUCUAUUUUUACCACAGAUUAGCAAUGUCUUUUUCUUAAGUCUUAUGAACAUUUGUGUAAAUGUGUUUUUCUAUGCGUUGUGGCUUCAUAAUAAUAGAAAGAUAAGGAAUUGAUCCGGUCAA